AUGGCUGCCCAGCGCUUGCGCGACCAAGUCGAGGCCGUCGGGCGAUUGCUCGAGGCAGUGCAAGGGCAGCCCUGUUUCGAUACGGUGGCGGCCGCGCAGGAAAGGAUGCUCGUGCAGGCUUUCGGGAGCGCGAAGCUGCAGCCCACGCAGGUGACAACCCUCUCGUCUCUCGUCGCAGCGCAACCCUGGUCCGAGGUUUCCAAGGGGAGGCUGUUGGAGAAGCUCGGCAGCAUCGUGGCUUCUGGCAGCGCCGUGGGUUUGCGAAUGGCUCAGCAGGAUUAUGAGUGCAUCUUCGGGUACCUGACAGCGGGCUCGUGGCACCAGUUGGCGCGGACCGACGUGCCCGAGGAAGCGAAGCUCAACGUGCUGGUUGAUGUUGCGAUUAGCUUAGGUCUUCGCAACCCGACCGAAGGCACGUAUCAGAUGUCGACGGCGAUGUGGCGCAUGGCCGUGGACGGAGCCGAGACCGCGAAGAAUUUGGCGUGGGCUGCAAAGUACUCGUACCUCCAGCAGACCAAGCGCGUGUUCAAGCGCCAGGACCACCCUGGCUUCUUCAAGCAAGUGUAUGGCGACGAGUUGCCAGCUGCAUGCCCCGCGCCAGAAGCCGCGAUUCGCUCCGUCCAGGCUACGUACCCAUGCCGCAACACAAAGCAGCAGGCCACGGGGGCGCAGAUGAUGAGCGCCUCGGCGUCGCAGCCCGACGUUUUGCAGAUGAUGCAGCUCAUGUUCGAUAACUUGCGGCGGGCGGACGUCGGCGCUCAGACGGGCCCUUUGAACCUCAAGAUCCUGGGAGGCGGCGCGUAA